CGAACGAAGAGGACGAGUUUUGGGGGCGAUCGAACGUUUUGAGGGCCCGCUUGUAAGAGUCUAUAACUGGUGACCGAAUUCGUUCAAUAGGUUGGCGGACCGGCCACGAGCACACUCCUAUAAUGUCAAAUGGCACCGUCUACCAAACCCGUGUAAACCAAAAUAGCCCAAACGAAUGACUGCAAGAUGCAAUGUGGAUUCAGACAGACACUGUCUUUGCAUCACGAUAUUCCAAGAUACCGAUCGCGACGAGGAAUUUCCGGGGGGGGGUCCCAGGACGCUAACAGCUCCACUUAUUCCACCCCAAUGAGAGCCUGAAUUGGAGAUGAACGUCAGGACCGAAAACCGCAACCUGCGUGAGAAGCGAUGAGGAACGAUACGAGGGAUCGUGAGAAGAGGAAAGGUGGUAGUUGUGGUAAUAGUAGUAAAUGGUGGGUGGUGUGGUGGUGGACGUGUGUGGGCGUGGGCGUAGGCCUGGGUUUGUCGACCACAGGUGUAGUUGGUACUGCACUGGGGAGUUGGUACAGCAGGUGUGAGUGAGUUUGAGUGUAUGGUAGAGCAGGUCAGGCCCAGGUCAAGUGUUGGACAUACGGGGGGAACGGCGCUCGGAGUGGGAAAAGGUCGAGCGAGCGGAGGUACCGUGCCAGCACGCGUCUAGUUGCCAGAUACUUGGGGUCACGUUAAAAAUUAUGGCUGG